GUAAUCCUUCCGUGCGUGCUUUCCGGGACAUUGUAGUACAAAGACAGCUUAGGUUUCCUAUCCAACAGAGACAAGCACAUUCCUUUGGCUGCAAUCAACAAUUCGUAUUAUCAAACCAUGAACGGCAAGUCCAGCACGGACGAUGAGCACGUUGUGUUUGUACCCGAUGCAUCGCACUUGGACCGCUACUUGCCGCAAGUAAAUUCGUUUGGAACCAUUCGACCUUUUCGAGGAGACGAUAUGCCGCGCGUUUUGGAUUUUGAAAGCGCCGAAGAAAGUCCCGCCGAUGGCCCCCUGAUGUUCGCGGAAGAUGAAGAUACCGACGGAUUGAUGUUUCCAAUGUACCACUUUUGUCUGCGAGGCGCCUUUUUAUUUUAUUUUAAUGUGGAUGACGUCGAUACAGAAUCGGGGCCGUAUGUGUCCUACUUGAAUCCACCGCUGGGAGUCCUUCCUCUAGACAAUGUAUCGAUUGAAUUUCCUCCCGGAGGUCGGCGGAUCUUUCGAGAGCACGCGCAUUCCGACGCUCGCAAAGGAUACGAGCUCGCCGUGUUGCACACACCUGAAACAAAGACUAACACGGAGCAUACGGAAGAUUUGGAAGCUCGGCCUCCGGCCUUUCUGGUUGCGCAGAGUUUGGGCGCUCGUGAGCGUUGGGCUGCAGCCUUGCGCGAUCGCGCCCAACGAAAUCAACCAACGCUUUUGCGGGCUGGCUACAGUAAAACGACCCAAUCCCAAGCAAUUGGCAACGCAAUGUCUGUUUCGGCUUUGCAGUCGGCAUCCGAAAAUCCGGACCCUUCGAUCAGAGAUUCUGAUGAGGAUGACAAUGUUCCAUCGCGUCCGGUCAAGUUAUUCUCCGCGAGCCCCUCUAACGCCACGGAGAUGAAGGCUCAUCGUACAUCUUCCGGAGGAAAGAGACGCGAAAAGAAUUCGAUUCGUCAGCAAGUCUUGGACGCUUCAGACGACAAGGAUCUAGCGAAUGCGGUUGUGGAAUUUGGUAUGGCUGGCUUUAACGAGAAGCGCUGGAUGGAUAACUUUUUCGAACGCAACAAUGAUUAUGACGCUCCCACGAAAUGUCGUCAGAUGGAACAAUGGCAAAUGGACAUGAAAAAGUCACUGAAAGGUGCAGUCCUGGAGCAGUACGAUUAUUUCGUGCAAGCUUCGGGGGAAAUGACGACAAUGGGAAAGGAAGUGGCGCAGCUCAAGGCGUGGAUAGAAACACAAGUAGACGCAUUCAAGGAAAUGAAGGACAUCGAUUUUGUCAGCGCUCUGAAAGACAUCGGCAAGGAGGAAUCAACAAAAAAUGAGCUGGGGAUGGAUGGGCUGUACGUGUCGGUAGAGGGCAAAUUUGACGAGCGAAGUACAAGCGAGACAUCUUCGAUCACAGGUAGUCGCCGAAAUAAGGAGGCAGCUGAAGGAGAUGACGAAGACGCUCCGGUAAUCGAUGUUCCAGACUGGCUAAAUGACGUUGACGAAGAGAUCACCGCUUUAAUUCGGGAGUGCCGGUACAAUGAUGCAAUUGAAAUGUACAUCAAGGCCAAGAACGAAGUCACCGACCUUCUUGAUAAACACGAACGUCCUACAGCUUAUCGUCUUCGUAAAGCUCAGCUGGAAAUCUUGGAGAAUUUACAGGAACGUUUAAAAAUAUUGCGACAACGGGUAUGCAACCGUCUAGAGGAAAUAUUAAGACGGAAGAAUGAGGCUUUACGGCAAUCGAGCAAACGUGAACGAGCCGACGUGCAUUCCCCGGUGUCUACCAUUGUUUCUCCGUGUGCUCUUAACGAUGACGUAUUGUAUCUUCAGAUGUUGGUGAAAAUUGGAAAUUCACAGCAAGCAGCUGAAGCUCACACAACCCGCCGGAGCCUAUUACUCUUGGACACGCUGCAUGAGAACCCUAUUUCCGGUGCCGGUGCUGUUGACCUGGUUAUCUAUUCUGCACAAUUGAGCCAGUCUUUCUUUUCUUGCCUGGCAAGCUCCGUUGAGGGAUUUCUGGAUUUGUUCAUGAGUCCCGCCUCACACCAGCAGAUGGAUCGUGCGGAGGAAGCGAGUUUGGGCGAAGGAUCAUUCCAAUCACACGGGGCCAACAAAACAGUCCCAUCCGGUGCGAUGGCGUCAGUGGUCUUGUGGUGUGAUAGCGAGUUGACAAAGUUCGCGAGUGCCUUUGGUGGCUCCCGCAUUCUAUCUAACUUGGCCUUAAGUCCACCGCCCUUGGAGGAACAUCCCCGGGGCCCUCGUGUUGUCGGACAAAAUUUGGAGGAAGAGGCACGAUUGCACGGAAGCAAGGACCGUAAGAACGCAAUUCAAGUCGCCGCACAAUGCAUCGACCAAGCGUUCCUGUACGCGACGCAGAAUUUGGAUUCCGUGGGACUACCCUUAGCCCCGCGAUUGUCUGAGUGCAUUCGUGUUCGACUCAAAGGAUGUGAAGCGGAAGUGGCUGAUUUGUUGGACGAGCGGUGGCAGCAUUUGAUCGUGGAUUGGAGAUUAGGACCCCUCGACGACCAUAUUAGGAUGUAAUGUGCAUCCGUGAACAAGUUUUUGUGUUGGACUUUCUUUGUCUUUGCCUGUGUCCGUCACCAUGUAGCGAAACUAACCGAUUUACCCGCUACUAUACACUAAUCACUUACGGUGCUUGUAAAAGGAGAAAACCUCUCAAAGGCUGGAACUCUGCUUUGACACCUUACCCACGAAACAGAGCAAUAUUGUGCGCUUUACAGUUAGUGUUGGUGGGCAUCUUAUCUAACAGUCUCACUGCUAGUAGCUGCAGUAGUCGGAUUCUUCCCCUGGCCGACUUUUACCCGGAAGAGCUCUACUAGAUAAGUUCAUGGUCAAGAUCUUCGUUAGGAACCAUCUGCAUAUCUCCAAGAACAGUAUCCGCAGCUUCACUCCGGGCUUGCAUCAUAUCUUCGUUCCGGCGGCGACGCCACGAACGAACGAGACGCAUGGUCAUACAAAUUGCCAAAGCGAAGACGACCAAAAAAAUCAAGAACGAAAGUGCCGUCGCACCAUUGUUGUCGUCGGUAGCAGCAGCCGGAGCCAGGGGAGCGGACGCAGGAACAUCCGUGGGGGCUUCGCUAGGAGAAUCGUUUUGGCCGUCUUGUAGACCGCGGAACAGGGGAUCGUCCAUGUCUGUUGUUUGCUUGAAAGCGACAAGCUGUUACCCAGAUGCACUUUUGUUGACUUUGCUUAUGACCAACAGCAGUUGUACUGCAAGGUACUUUCACAACAAACCGUCACGUUUCUCAAUUUGU